CGGCAAACCCUAGGUCGCAGUUCUUCAUCUUCUCUGGCGUCUCAUCACCUCCUUCGCCACUUCUCUACCGGAAUUCAUGGCUUCUCGCACCAAGAAGAAGACUUCACGGCCUUCUACUCAAGCUACUCAUCCGGGCUCCUCUUCUCAACCUCCUACUUCAAACAAAAAUCAAAGGUUCGAAUUUGCUCUCAACCCUAGAAUUUUCUUUGAUAGUGAAGAAGCUUUGAAUUUCUAUCGUGACGAUGUACUUCCCCGGAAAAUUAUCACCCCUCGUUAUGUUGAACUUGUUGAUUUUGAGCGAGAUACUUCUUAUGAACCAGUUUUGUCUAAGCUUCGUUCUUCGGGGUUGAUAAAUGUUGUGACAAUUCAUGAAUCUCAUAUCCCGGUUAAUUAUAUUAAAGCUUUCUACUCCGAUAUGACUUUCAAGCGUAGAAAUCAUCA